ACCCCAGACCCCUGGAAAAGCUCUCGGCCUUCCUUACCGCCGGAGUUUUUUCCAUCGCGUGUUUUUCUUGCUGUGAUAGCUUCUUUAUUUCAUGACGCUUGAUGAAGGGUCCUUUACCAACAUAAAACGUUCACAUUUCUUCUUCCACAUCCGUGACGCACCGGACAAUAUUGCAAUUUCCCAUCAAUCAAUAAACCGUGCAACCAACUAUUCUCCAUUACGACGACAACCAGUACACAAAUCCCGCCACCGAAUUUACCUCUACUACUGCUAAAAACAACAAUUAUCACCAUGCGUCUCUCACGUCUCAUCACCCUCGGCUUCUUGGGUCUCACAACCGCAUCCGUCAUCAACCCUCAAGCCCGCUUCUCUUCAGUGACUGUGCCAUAUAACAUCACAACCAUUUCCGCCUCAUCACUCCAGACCAGCACACCACCGUCUGUUCCACUGGUGAUAAGCCAUCUAUCACCACCUUCUCCUCCUGCCGCCAACGCAGUCGACGACAAUGUUGAUAUGUCCGAUUUCGAUGAAGACGACCAAAACGAGAACACCCAGCAUCACGGCGGUCACGGAGGCCAUGGUGGACAUGGCAGAGGGCACAGUAGAGGUACUAGCGGCCACACGGGGACAGCUGGUGGCGCUGAUGGGAGUCAUGGAGGGGGUAAUCAGGCUGGGGGAGGUGGUGCUGCUGUGGGUGCCGGUGGAUCUGCUAAUGGGAAGAAGAGUGAUGGUGCUAGGUUGAGGGUUGAGGUGCUUGGAGUCGUUGGGGUAGUGAUGAUGGGGCUGGGGGUUGUGAUGGGUUGAUGAAUUCAAAAAAAAAAGUAGGGUUGCCGGCCGGGUUGAACUGUUGGGGCUGAGGUCCAUUAUCGUGGUCGUUGUCUCCGCUCACAAUGACCUUACUCACUGUGACGCACAGGCGCGUCUUUCCUUCCUCGCGCCCUCACGGCUACGACAUUCACGCCUCAUCGCCACCA